AUUCAACCUGAAUCCAUCAAUCCAUCAUCCAUCCUUGAUGAAUUUGAUCUGCUCUCGUAACCUCCAACAGUCCCGCUUCCCGCAUCGUCUCUUUCGCCAUCCAUCUAUCGCAUUCGGACUCCACGGCACCAACAUCUCCCAGCGCAGCAGGAUGUCAUCCGCAGAAUUCCCUCCGCCUCAGCUCAGAUCUGCCGCCGAGGACGUUGCGACCCUCCUCAAGGCUCGAGGCGAGUCCAUCUGCGUGGCCGAGACCGCAGCUGGAGGACUCAUCUCCGCCUCACUGCUUUCGACCCCUGGGGCGAGUAGAAUCUACAAGGGUGGCUUGACGCUGUAUACCCUGGAAUCGAGGAUCGCCUUCGCCGGCUGGACACAACAGAACAUUGACAAAUAUGAUGGACCUACCCCCGAACUGGUCGAAGGGCUGGCUAGAAACGUGAGGGAGAAGCUGCAAGGGACUUAUUGCGUUGGUGAGUCAGGGACCGCAGGACCAACUGCCAGUGGGAAGACCCCAAACAGGCAGCCGGGCUACGUCGCAUUGGCAGUGGUGGGCGAAAAGGGUAGUGUGAACAAGGACCUAGACACGGGGCUGGGAGGUGAUAGGCAGGCCAAUAUGGUGGCAUUUGCAAUUGCCGCGCUUCAACUGGUCAAGGACUUCAUCUUGUCCACCGAGAGUGAUGGCGGUGACCGGGGUGGGAAAAUAUGAACAGUGUGACACAUGAUGACGGUCCGAAUUCGAACAAGAGGCCCGCGCAUUUGUGGCUGGACUAUUCCACGAGCUGGCUCCCAAGGCGUCUUCUCGCGCUAGGCACCAGUCGAAAUGAGUGAUGGUUGAUCAGCUUCGGGUGUUCCUCACUUUGUUUGAACCUGUCGUCUACCGAACAAUUGUUUGCUUGUCCCCUGUCUGAUGUAGUUUGAAUGCUCCAUCCAUUCUCAAACUUCGGCAUUCUCUUUCGAG